GCGGCUCGCCGUUAACCACUUUUUCUGACACCUCCCCUGAAGCAGCAGUUUCACACUCUAAAAUAACUUUAAAGAAGAUGUCCGUCUGAUCGCCUAACCGCCGACUGAGUCAAAGUGACAUUAAAACACCUCACAGUAAAACACGAUUACAGCUCCUGUUUCUGUGCUCUUUGACCGUUGAACAAACUCCUCCUGUUUGUCUGAUGAAGUCGUCAUAAAUACUGUUAUUAUUAUUAAUAUUAAAUACUGUUAUAUUAUUAUUAUUAUUAAAUACUGUUAUAUUAUUAUUAUUAUUAUUAUUAAUAAAUACCGUUAUAUUAUUAUUAUUAUUAUUAAUAAAUACUGUUAUAUUAUUACUAUUAUUAUUAUUAUAAAAUACUGUUAUAUUAUUAUUAUUAACAAUAAUAAAUACUGUUAUAUUAUUAUUAUUAUUAUUAUUAUUAUUAAUAAAUACUGUUAUAUUAUUAUUAUUAUUAAUAAAUACUGUUAUAUUAUUAUUAUUAUUAUUAUUAUUAUUAUUAUUAUUAUUAUUAUUAUUAUUAUUAUUAUUAAUAAAUACUGUUAUAUUAUUAUUAUUAAAUAAUGUUAUAUUAUUAUUAUUAUUAAUAUUAAAUACUGUUAUAUUAUUAUUAUUAUUAUUAUUAUUAUAAAUAAAUACUGUUAUAUUAUUAUUAUUAUUAUUAUUAUUAUUAUUAAAUACUGUGAUAUUAUUAUUAUUAUUAUUAUUAUUAUUAUUAUUAUUAUUAAUAAAUACUGUUAUAUUAUUAUUAUUAAAUACUGUUAUAUUAUUAUUAUUAUUAAUAAUAAAUACUGUUAUAUUAUUAUUAUUAAUAAUAAUAAAUACUGUUAUAUUAUAAUUAUUAUUAUUAUUAAAUACUGUUAUAUUAUUAUUAUUAUUAUCAUUAAAUACUGUUAUAUUAUUAUUAUUAAAUACUGUUAUUAUUAUUAUUAUUAUUAUUAUUAUUAUUAUUAUUAUUAAAUACUGUUAUUAUUAUUAUUAUUAUUAUUAUUAUUAAAUACUGUUAUAUUAUUAUUAUUAAAUACUGUUAUUAUUAUUAUUAAAUACUCUUAUAUUAUUAUUAUUAAAUACUCUUAUAUUAUUAUUAUUAUUAAAUACUGUUAUAUUAUUAUUAUUAAAUACUCUUAUAUUAUUAUUAUUAUUAAAUACUGUUAUAUUAUUAUUAUUAAGUACUGUUAUAUUAUUAUUAUUAAAUACUGUUUUAUUAUUAUUAUUAUUAUUAUUAUUAAUAAAUACUGUUAUUAUUAUUAUUUUUAUUAAAUACUGUUAUAUUAUUAUUAUUAAAUACUGUUAUAUUAUUAUUAUUAUUAUUAAAUACUGUUAUAUUAUUAUUAUUAUUAUUAAAUACUGUUAUAUUAUUAUUAUAAAAUACUGUUAUUAUUAUUAUUAUUAAAUACUAUUAUAUUAUUAUUAUUAAAUACUGUUAUAUUAUUAUUAUUAUUAUUACAUACUGUUAUAUUAUUAUUAUUAAAUACUGUUAUUAUUAUUAUUAAAUACUGUUAUUAUUAUUAUUAUUAAAUACUGUUAUAUUAUUAUUAUUAUUAUUAUUAAAUACUGUUAUUAUUAUUAUUAAAUACUGUUACUAUUAUUAUUAUAUACUGUUUUAUUAUUAUUAUUAAAUACUGUUACAUUAUUAUUAUUAUUAUUAUUAUUAUUAUUAUUAUUAUUAUUAUUAUUGUUAUUAAAUACUGUUAUAUUAUAAUUAUUAAAUACUGUUACAUUAUUAUUAUUAUUAUUAUUAAAUACUGUUAUUAUUAUUAUUAUUAAAUACUGUUAUUAUUAUUAUUAAAUACUGUUAUAUUAUUAUUAUUAUUAAAUACUGUUAUUAUUAUUAUUAAAUACUGUUAUAUUAUUAUUAUUAAAUACUGUUACAUUAUUAUUAUUAUUAUUAUUAUUAUUAAAUACUGUUAUAUUAUUAUUAUUAAAUACUGUUAUAUUAUUAUUAUUAUUAUUAUUAAAUAUUCAGAGUAAUAAGUUGUACAUUUGUGCUCCAGCCUUCCGUCGUCUUCAGAGGGACUUGGCAGAGGGAACACUGGCCUCCGGAGACUCUUUCUACAUCCGGGUCAACCUCAACAUUUCAGGCCAAUCAGAGACCUGCUCUCUGAGUGUGCGAUGCGAUGAGGUGGUGCAUGUCCUGGACACCUGGCACCAGGGCCGCUGUGAGUGGAUCUGCACUCGUGUGGACCCGUACAGCGGCUCCGACCUCCCUGACCGAGGCACCAUACCCAGCAACUCACGGUACAGAGGAGCUUCCUGUAAAAGAAGAGCUGGUGUUAAAUAUGACCCUCCUGUGUUUCCAUGUUACUGUGACAGAGAGGUACCACAGACCAUUCGAACCCUGAUGUAAAUGAGCCUGAUGCUUCUAUUCUGCUUUAGUGCUGCGAGUUUUAGAGCAUGAGGAACUGUGACAGUUGAACAGCUAUGCAAAUGUCCUCCGGGGUCUCCGGGGCUUUAAAUCUGUUUAUACUGAACUCUGUUCAACCUGUUAACUCACAAACAUGCAGUUCACCUGGAGAAGCUGGAGACCCGCAGCCUGUCGUUGUUAUUGUCACCAAAAACACAGGAAGUAACAGUGUGAAAAACUAACUUUUAUGUUGUUAUAUUUUAAUGGAGUGAAUCUGAGUUUUCUGACGCUCUGAGGUUCAGAACAUAAAUCUGUGUUUGUCUGUGGAUUCAGGGCCCAGCAGCUGCUCCUCGUGAAGAUUCAGAGGUUAGUGUGUCGAGGCGGGAGAGAAGAGAGCGAGAAUCACCACCGCAGCAGCAGAGUAAGAAACCUCUUCAACCAACAAUUCAUUUACAGUCAAAGAUAAUUAUUUAUAUUCAGAGUCAGAGCGUCCAUGAUCGUCAUUAUUCUGGAGUACAAUCACAGUGGAGAGCUUCUCCAUUUCCAGAUCAAAGUAAAACUAAAAAGGAGAAGAAGAAGAAGAAGAAGAAGAAGAGUGAAAGAGAGUUAAAAGGAACAAUAAAAAUAAAUACAAAAUUAAAAUAUUCAAAAUCAGAGGAAAAGAAAAGGCUGGAACAUAUAAUAUAAUAUAAUAUUUAAUAAUAUAACAUGUGCGGCGUUUCAAAUGAAGGUCAGAGAGGUGAAGAUGAAGGAUCUCCUCACUGACAGCCCGCCCUCAUCCACAAACCUCCAGAGAUGGUCUGAAAUGUAGCAGCCUGCCUGGUUUUCAACCAACACCAAAAUAUCAUGUCACUCCACUGUAAAAAAGAAAACCUGCGGCCUCUCGGCCCUCCAUCAUAUGGUCGCCCGCCCCGGCCUAGAUCAAGUAUAAAGCUCCGCCUCUUUAACCAAAUCAGCUCCUUCUUACCUGCAGUCCCUCAUGCAGGUCUACACCCACCUGUCUGUUAUACCAGUGAAAGGCACCUGGUGCCGCCGUCACAACAAGACCGACUCUGUGUGUGUGUGUGUGUGUGUGUGUGUGUGUGUGUGUGUGUGUGUGUGUGUGUGUGUGUGAACCAUUCUGCAGUUACUGAUGAUGAGGAUGAUGAUGAUGAAGAUCGUAAUAAACAGGGUUGAUGAGGAAAAUGAUGAUGACGGGCAUCUUCUGUGUUGAAUUUGACAGUUUUUAUUUUGUGUGUGUGUGUGUGUGUGUGUGUGUGUGUGUGUGUGUGUGUGUGUGUGUGUGUGUGUGUGUGUGUGUGUGUAGAACAGCUUACAGCCUGAAGACCUAAGCCCCUCCCCUGAUCCCAAAGCCAGCCCUCGACUCUCCAGAGCAGGACUCUUCCUCACUCAGAUCCUCCAGGUACAGAAACAUAAACUCUUUAUUUCUCGUCAGACGGUGAACCUCUGACCCUGAAACCUUCUGUGUCUGCUGUCGUCUCAGUUUGUCAGUCGGGUCGAUAUCAAAUACAAGCGGAUGAACAGCAGUGAGCGUGUGAGGAUUAUCAACUCCGGCAGCACCUCACUGCCCCGAUCAGGGUUCGAGGUCUUUCAGAAACCAGAAGGUGAGCCACGCAGGAACACAGACUGGACCCGCUCUGAGCAGCCUUGGGUUUCAUAUACAAGAUGGUAUUUAAUGUAAUAAUAAUGAUGCACCAGUGGAGGACACACACCUUCUGGUUCAGUGUCCUGCCCGAGGACACUACAGACAUAUGAAGGACGGGGGGAAUCGAACCAUGAACCCUCGGGUUGUUGGAGGUCCGCUCUCCCUCCUCAGCUCCUGCUCCACUGGUGUCAUUUAGAUGAAGCUUCUUAUUUCUAAUCUGACAUAGUGAAUAAUCACCCUCAUAGUUCAGUUCAUGUCUGUAUGUUGUGAACAGAAGCUGCUGACCCGGACAGUGAUCUGAGCCGGAGUCUGAACCUGAUCCCCUACAGUCUCGUCACCCUUCAGAGGACCCAGAGGAAAAGACCGGUUCUGUUUACUCCCACUGCUCUGGCAAAAACCAUCAUCCAGAAAAUCCUGAACAUGGGGGGAGCCAUGGACUUCAAUAUCUGCAAACCAGGUCAGUGUGUGACGGGAACCAGCAGCCUGAUGACAAAGGAAACGCCCGCUGUUCCGUCCUCUCUCUCUCUCCAUCUUUGUAAACGUGAAAACAAAAGAGUUCAGGAGAGAAAGAAGCACAAAGAGAGCGUCCGCUGGGACGCAGCUGAGAGAUGGAGUUACUGAGAGGAGUGAACGUUCAGCAGUGUAACUAGAGAGACGGUGGGGGCAGGACUGGAGAUGGCCCAGUUCAGGGGUCAUCUCCUGGAGCUCAGUGGGUCAAUAACAGUGGAGCUUUUUCACAGAUCAGAUUCUUCAUCAGUUCUGACUGUGGAGAAGGUCCGACUCUCUGAGGGACAGCAGAGAUCCAAAUAAACACAUGGGGAUGGGAGUCGUUUAUUUCUCUUCUGUCUAUGUUUCAUUCUUGAACUGAAUUUCUGUGCAGACAUCCUGUCCAAAGACGAGUUUUACCUGAAGCAGAACGUGGAGCCGUUCAUUCACUACAAAGAGAAGCACGCCACGUUUGAGUGCAUCACCCGAGAAAACAUCGAGGCUGUCGCUGCCAAGGUAGGUGACGUUUGACUUUGUUAGUGUGGAGACAGAGAAAUGUCUGUUCAAACUCUUCUUCACCUCUAAAUGUAGUUCCUUUUAUUUUGAAACUUGUUAUUAAAAGCUUUUAUUUUGAAGUACCGACUCAACCCAACGUUCAGUCAUCUCACUGUCGAAUAACUGAAAUGUAAAUCUGUUCAUAACUCUCAGUUUUAUAACUCUAACAUCUCCAGAACAGAGAGAAUCAAACUAAAGGAAGAUUUGGGUAUUUUGGUGAGCGGCGCCGCCCGGCGUUAGUUUCCCCCUCCCUAACUCAGCUCCUCCCAGCGGCGUGAGUCGUAGAGAGGGAGGAGAGAGGGCGUGGAGUGGGUUUAACACAGCCGACACCUGUUUUCACCAAUCAGAACCGCUCCUCUCUUCGCCUUUAAAUCCGCCGCCGGCGAGACAUAUUACAAUUUUUGUUUAGUAGUCAAAGAGAUCAAGAGAUGUCUGAAGACAACAACGCCACACGAUGGCGACAGAAGGCAGCCCCUCAACAAGUGUCGCUGUAAACGCUGCAGAGGGCGCUCCGUGGCCGGGCUCUUUCUUUCAUAGAUGUUGGCAUAUAAAAUAAAUUUGACUCACAAAACUGAUUAUUAUAUUUAUAAUAUUAUAAUAUAUUAAUAUUAUUAUUGUAAUAUUAUAUAAAAAACUCAUCUGAUCUCUGAAACAAAUCAUCUGUUCAGCCGCUGCAGCAGCAGGACGGGGAGAGGACAUGGAGACAUGUCCAGGUCGAGCUGCACGAGAAAUAAGAGGAAGAAAAGGAGGGAGACGAAUCACACAUCCUGUUAACUUCAUCAUGUGUCGUCACUCCAGGAGCAGAUCCCACCCCCUUUUUUUAGCUUAAGCUAACCUGCUCUUCGUGCGCUCAGACUGUCUGGUGUCUGCAUCGGUGUUAUCAACAACAUUCUUCUUCUUGUUCAGUCAAACGUUUGCUGUUGUGGUCGAUAGUAAACAGAUGUUUAUCCUGGUUUGUAGACUUAAAGCGAGGCUUCAUCAACUCUUUUGUUUUAAACUAGUUCAGACGAGAAAAAAAACUUUAUAAAACAUUCGGUCUAAAGUUUCACACGUUCUUGUUGUAAAGAGAAAAUAAAACUGUAGAUGAAGUGUUUGGGCAGACAGCGGUGAAUCUGGAAGUUCUGGGUCAGUUUAUCUUUACACAGCAGACGUCUGUACCUGUCAGUGAAAUCCGUUUCUCCCACCUGUCACCAGGGAAAACACUGUCUGCUGGAGGCUGAGCUGAGCUGCAUCAAAGACCUUCUACGAAGAGAAAUCUACCCAAUUAUUAUCCACAUCAAGAUCUGUGAGAAGAACGUCAAGAAGUUACGGUUGGUCCCUGAUCCCUCAGUCGUUGUCAUAAACCACAGACUCUGAUCCGGACACUGAAACACUCUCUCAAACUGUUUCUGUGAGCGUCUGCGGACGUUACAGACAGUGUGAGUAACCUCUCAGCUCGGUGACACGAUGAGAAUUUGGCACCUCACUCAAAAAACAACAGGCUGGUUUGUUGGUGAGACCAUCAGAGUUCACCCACAACAGACGCUCAGGUCGACCCCCUGAAAACUGGGUUUUUCCAGGCGGGCUGCAUGUGUGAACACUAACAGACCUUUUUUUUCACUUGACCUUAUCUGGUCAACAACCUCUUUGUAAAAUCCCCCAAAGACUGAAUUCUGAGUGAAUCUGACCAAUAAUCCUGCUGCACUGACACCGAGGGAGCGGCGCGGUCAUGGUUCCCCUACGUGACUGUGUCAGCAUCCUCCUGAGACCCUCAGAAUCGUCUCUUAGUGUGAAAAUACCAGGAUGGUGUCGGCCUGAAAUUUGGCAAAAUGUUUGCGAACGUUUGAGCAGAAAGAGGUUUACGAUGGCUGUUUACGUCUUUGAAUCCAUGACACUCAGUUUUAUCUCUCUGAGAAACAACAAAGCUCAUGAACCGCUGCUGCAACAUUUCUACAGAAUCUCACCAGGGCUGUGAACAUGACCACAAUCACCUGCUUCCUUCCUGUUUCCUGAUCACACAGGAAGCUGCCUCUGCGCAUGGAGUCAGAGGACGAGUUUGUGAGAUCGUGCCGAGCAAAGGAGAAGGAGCUGGAGGGCAUCCCCUGCCUCUAUGCCAGCCUGGAGCCGGAGGCCUGGGCAGGGAUGGACGAUCUGAUCCGGGUCAUCAAAGACCGGAUACUGGACGAGCAGAAGAAGACGGUGUGGGUGGAACAGGACCUCCUCUAG